UGAAACCAACGGAGAGAAACACAAAAACAGCCUGGUGAAUUUCAACCCCAGCUGUCCACCUAGUCUAAAUGGACCCCACAUAAAGCACUAUGAUCGUCCACACCAACGAUAUAAAAUGCAUGACAAUGCAACAAAUCCAACACAAGCACCCCUCCUUUUCCGAUCUUCAAUCACACACCAGAACACAUCAUAUCAUCGAACCAUGGCCUCAAACAUUCUCAGCCACACCUUGUUCUUGCUAGUAACCACCAUGGCCACAUAUCACAUGGCCUAUGCAAGUGACCCAGACAUCACAUCCGAUUUCAUCAUCCCAGCGAACAGGAACUCUGUCAACGGAACCUUCUUCACCUUCACCGGCAUGCGCGCUCCACUCCGAGUGGGCUUGCCCAAAGCCUUCAACGUCACGAAAGCAAGCCUGACCCAGUUUCCCGCCCUAGAUGGCCAGAGCGUCUCGUACGCUCUCCUCCAGUAUCCAUCUAAAGGCGUCAAUCCUCCCCACACGCAUCCCCGCGCAGCCGAACUACUACUUGUCAUCGCAGGCUGCCUCGAGGUAGGAUUCGUCGACACAACAAACAAGCUCUACACUCAAACACUCCAAACGGGGGACAUGUUCAUCUUCCCCAAGGGACUUGUGCACUACCAGUACAAUGCCCACUCUGAUAGUCCAGCCACUGCCAUCUCUGCCUUUGGAAGCGCCAAUGCUGGGACGGUGUCUAUCCCUAGCACCAUCUUCGCCACUGGCAUUGACGACGGGAUCCUCGCCACAGCUUUCAAGACUGACAUUCAAACCGUUCAAAAGCUCAAGGCUGGACUUGCACCACCCAAGGCCUAA